AUGAAACAAACUUCUCUAACUUUACUAAGAGCCCAUAAACCUUUGGCAAGAAUGAGGAAUAUCAAACCAUUAAUACCACCAUUGCAAUUAUACAGAAAAAUAUUAAGAGAACAUAAGAACUUACCAAAAUUACAAAGAGAUUUGGGUGAUAAAUAUGUUAAAAAUGAAUUCAAGUUACAUAAAGAAUCUUCUAAUCCAUUACAUAUAGUUGGUUUUUUGACUAGUUGGCAAGAUUAUCUACAUAUCAUCACUAAUGGUGAGUGGGUUGAAGGUACAUUGAGUUCAACAACUUUAGAUAAAAUGUCUCCGGAACAAGUGUCUCAAUUAUACGAAUUAAUGAAAGAAACGCAAAAGGGUAAACAUACAUUGUAG